GUAAAACAGUCUUUGAUGAUUUUUCAUAUUUUUGUGAAUUUGUAUUAAGUUAUGGUUAGGUGUUGAGUUUAAAAUAGUAAAAUCACUGUCAUUUGAUAAUUUUCUAACACCCUUGGGCUGCAAUUUCCAAUUAACAUUUUAUGCUGUGUAUUUAGAGAUUGAGAAGUUGUAAGUUGGUUUUUAUUGUAAUUUAGAGAAAGUUAAACGAUGAAUAAUAUGGAUAACAAAUCAUAUGUCUUACAGCUUAAAGGCUAUAAUCUCUCUUAUGAAGGUGUCUUCCCUGCAUUUCUUUUCGCAACCCUCAACUACAUGAUCAUCCUGUUCUGCAACCUUACGAUAAUUCUCACCAUUGUGCUGAAUAAAUCUUUGCAUCAGCCAAUGCAUCUCUUCCUGGUUAAUCUUCCUAUCAAUGACCUAAUAGGUUCAUCUGCACUCUUUCCACAGCUCAUCAAGGAAAUUCUGACAAACAGCAGAAAGAUUCAGUUCUCAGCUUGCAUCUUCCAGGCUUUUUUCAUCCAUAUCUAUGCAGCUGGUUCUGUGUUUAUUUUGACUGCAAUGGCUUAUGACAGAUAUAUCGCUAUAUGUCAUCCUUUGCGUUACAACACUGUUAUGACCAAUGCUCACAUUAUGAAAAUAAUCACAUUAGUUUGGUCUUCUUGUGUGGUUUUAAUAGCUGUGCUUUUUAUUCUUCUAUUGCGUUUGCGCCGCUGUCGAUCUGAAAUAAGACAUUCCUACUGUGAUAAUCCUAGUUUAUUGACUUUAGUUUGUGAAGACACAACCAUUAACAACAUUUAUGGUCUUUUUAUUAGUGCUGUUACACAAUUAAUAUCUAAUGGGUUGGUUUUUUAUACAUAUAUUCGAAUCCUCAUUGCAUGCUUUAGAUCCAGACAGUCAGACACUAAAGCAAAAGCUCUGCAGACUUGCGCUACACAUCUAUUUGUUUUUUUGAUGUUUGAGUGCUUGGGCCUCUUUACAAUCAUAUCUUACAGACUACAGGAUAUUUCACCACAUUUAAGAAGAUUUAUGGGGGUGUCUACAUUAAUUUUCCCCCCAACAUUAAAUCCAAUAAUUUAUGGGUUGAAAACAAAAGAAAUAAGGGAAAAGGUGCUCAACUUUUUCAGGAAUAAAAAGCUUCUUUCUUAGUACUUUCAAGAACUUUUAAAAAUGGACUGUCUCAAUUCAAAAUGAAUUUAAUUUAAUUUUUCUAUGUAAGCACGCAUUUAACAGGUUUUUGUAAAU